AUGCUCUCAUUCAGUACCUACGCCUCUCUUCCAAACUACCCCAAACCAUCAACCUCCCCACCCAUUCCACCUGAGCAACUGAACUGGUCCCUCUCCCAAACCGCCUCUCAAACCCUCCUAAGCCCCAGCGUCCUCCUUCGCAUACUUCACAACCUCUCCCCCUCCGACCUUCUAAUCGACCAACGGGUCUCCCAUCUCUGGAAAAGACUCAUCACCGAAUCAGAAACCUUACGACAAAAACUUUGGCUCCAUUUGUACGAAGACCCUGAAGCGCGAGAGUGGGAGAUAAACCCCUUCAUCUACCACAUCCAUAACAGCCAAUCAGACGCAAUAAUCCGACCGCAGAUAAUCAAACUCCCAUCUCCAGAAACCCUGCAUAGAUCUCCAGGGAAAAUAUGUAAAAGGUUCGCAACAUCGCUAGACUUCAAUUUCCCUGCCGUUCUCACGGCGUGCCCGAACGCAAGCUGGCGAAAUCAGACACUCAUACGACCCGGUGUGGCGUUUAAAUAUGGCCUUUUCGGCCCCGGGGAUUUCAAUCUUGAGAAGGAGGUAAAAUUCCCAGCGUCUGUGAGGUUGGGGGAGAUUUAUGAUGUUUGGAAAGAGUGGAAAGAGUCUUGGCCGGAGGGGGAAUGGAACGAGGUCACGGAAUUCAAGAUUAACUUCAAGGGAUGUAGGGUGGAGGAGGGAGGUCGGGGGAAGAUGGUGGUAUUCUUAGUGAGUAAGAGGUUUGCGGGAGACGUUACGAGGGUUGGUGGGGAGAAAGUGAUGCUGGCGAAGAGGGUAAAUGGGCAGAGUGCGCAGUUUGCGAAGAGCCCGCAGGCAAUGGAGGAUAAAAGGGCUGUUGAGAGGGCGAAGGAACUCUUUCGGUUGCAUGUUGGGGAUUGA